AUGAUCCAGCUCCUUUGUGCUUCGGGAGCAACGCCUGAAGUGAUGAGAAUUUCCGUGAUCCAAAAAGAUCAGGGCCGAGGCUCUCUCUGGUCUUCCAGCAAUAUUAAGAUUCUUUCUUUGCUUCUCGAACUCGGCGCAGACCCAGAAACUUUUGUCACCGACGGACCAAGAGGCUUCCCCCUUAUAAGUGCUGCUUCUGAGGGAGAGGUUGAAGCUGUUGGACUUCUUUUAGAUGCUGAAGCACGACCGGACUUGGCUACUUUGGAUUUCGGGACUGCAUUACAAGCUGCCGCCGCACGAGGUCAUGAAGUCGUUGUUAGGAUUCUCAUCGAGCGUGGUGCAGGUAACCGGGAACAUGCGGCUUUCAAGACACCCAUUCAAUUUGCGGCAAGCGGAGAUCAUAUAGGAAUUGUGCAGACUCUGCUACAGAGUGGAGCUCUGGUAAACUACUGUCCCAGUGUCGCAUGCUUUGGACUCCCCGAAAUCGACAAGAUGUUCUCGCGCUGGGAUGCAAUCCGCCACUUCGAAGAGAUACCGCUUGCAUAUCCUGUCCAGUACGCCGCAAUGAAUCAGAACGUCACUCUUCUUCAACAACUUCUUGCUGCUGGAGCGAAUGUGGACUCCAGGAUCGCAAUUCAAGCAGCUGCAGAAAGUGGAAGCAUCGAGAUUAUGAAAUUGUUGCUAGAUGCCAAGGCAGACAUUAACGCCGACAGUGGCUGGCGAAUGAGUAGAACAGCUCUCCAAGCCGCGAUUGAGAGACGCCAUAAAGCUGCGGUGACAUUUUUGUUGAAAUCUGGCGCUGAUAUCAACGCAAAACCAGCGUUCAAAGAAGGAAUGACUGCAUUGCAAGCGGCGGCAAUGGCCGGCGAGAUGGAAAUUUUCCAAAUGGCCCUAAAGCAUGGGGCGCACGUUAAUGCUCCUGCUGGGCCCGAGAGUGGACUCACAGUGCUUAAAGCUAUAAUCAAGCACGAGAAUCUCGCUAGUCUCAAGAUCGUGCUUCAGGCAGGCGCAGAUGUGAACGAACGAUCGUCCAAUGCAAACCCGUCACUUGCUUACUCUGACUACAUAGCCUCAGAUAAGUCACCGCUCCAAUAUGCGGCGUAUUUAGGAUGGCUUGAUGGUGUCCAAUGCCUCCUAGAUUGGGGAUCGGAUAUUGACGCGCCCCCUCUUCAUUCCGAUUACAAGGCAUGCUCAGCAUUGGGGUUUGCCAUUGGAAAUGACAAUGAGGAUGUAACUGGAUUGCUGCUUCGAAACGGUGCUGAUCCAAAUACUCCUGCAUGCAAUUAUGAGCAUGCACCGAGUGCCUUUAUUCUGGCUCUCUCGCGAGGCUGCUCAACUGAAACAAUAGAGCUCUUUCAGCGAAAUAACGCCGAUAUCACCAGUUGUUGGGGCACUGAAUCAGCACUCGAGAUUUCAGUUUCUAGCCAUGCAGCCGAUGUUGUUGAAAUGAUCAUCAACUUGAUGUCACAGCUUCCUGCAGCAGAUUUUGGCUGGAAGCCCAAUUAUGACAUUGUGAAAAUGCUCCUUCAGGCUGGUGCGGAUACCAACGCGACGGAUCCUGACACCCAGGAGACAUUACUUCAGAAGUCUAAUUGUGCAAGCGAUUUCGAUGUCGUUAAACUUCUUCUUGAACACGUGGCUGAGGUGAACAUACCGGCGACAAAGACGAAAGGGACGCCAUUGCAGGAUGCAAUAUUGAUUGAGCAAGUGGAAAUCGCACAGCUUCUUCUUGAGCAUGGUGCCGAUAUCAAUGCUCCUCCAUCUGAGGAAGAGGGUGCUACAGCGCUUCAGGCAGCUGCCCUACAUGGGUAUUAUAGCCUAGUCCUAAGGCUGCUAAGAGACGGUGCUGAUGUUGCUGCCGCGCCAUCAGCCAUCUCCGGCAGAACAGCAAUAGAUGGAGCUGCUGAAAAUGGCCGUCUAGAUAUACUGCAGCUGCUGUUAAACGCAUAUAGGGACCGGCUAGAUUUGGCACUCGUCUGUAGCGACGCUGCAUCUGUCGCAGAACUGGAAGGUCAUACAGGGAUAGCAAGCUUUCUGAGAACCUACAAAGCCCCCUAA